AUGAGGCUCCUCUUCCUCACCUGCCUGCUAGCUGUCUUCCCAGUGGUCUUUAUGAAGAGUCCCAUAUUUGGUCCCCAGGAGGUGAGCAGUGUGGAAGGUGACUCAGCAACCAUCACAUGCUACUAUCCAGCCACUUCUGUCAACCGGCAUACCCGGAAGUACUGGUGCCGCCAGGGAGCCAAUGGCCGCUGUACAACCCUCCUCUCUUCGGAGGGCUACAUCUCCAAGGAUUAUGAGGGCAGAGCCAACCUCACCAACUUCCCCGAGAACAACACAUUUGUGGUGAAUAUUGGCCAUCUCACCCGGAAUGACUCUGGACGCUACAAGUGUGGUCUGGGCAUUAGUAGCCGAGGCCUGAACUUUGAUGUGAGCCUGGAGGUCAGCCGGGGUCCUGGGGUCGAAAAUGACGUUGAAGUCUACGUAGCUGAAUUGGGCAAAUCAGUGAUCAUCACCUGCUCUUUCAAGCUUGAGAAUUCUAAGAAAAGGAAGUCUGUGUGCAAGAAGGCAGGCCAGAACUGUGUCCUAGUUAUUGACUCCAAUGGGUAUGUGAACCCCAACUAUGAAAACAGAGGAGAUAUCGUUAUUCAGGGUACUAGUCAAUUAGCGUUCAAUUUCAAUAUCAAACCAGUCCACCUCAGCGACGCUGGGAUAUACACCUGCCAGGCUGGGGAUGAUUCCAGUGGUGAUAAGCACAUUUUUGACCUCCAAGUGCUAAAGCCUGAGCCUGAACUGCUUUAUGGAGAUCUGAGGGGCUCCGUGACCUUUGACUGUUCCCUGGGCUCUGACGUGGAAAACGUGGCCAAAUUUCUGUGCCGGAUGAGCAAUGGGAAAAACUGCGACGUGGUCAUCAACACCCUGGGGAAGAAGGCUAAGGCUUUUGAAGGCAGGAUCUUGCUCACUCCCGGGGACAAAGGCCUCUUCAAGGUGCAUAUCACCAGCCUGAGGAAAGAGGAUGCAGGGCACUACCUGUGUGGAGCUCAGUCUGAUGGCCAACCUCAUGAAGACGGGCCCUUCCAGGCUUGGCAACUCUUUGUCAAUGAAGAGACCACGAUGCCCCAUACUCCCUCUGUGGUGAAAGGUGUGGUCGGCGGCUCUGUGGCAGUGCUCUGCCCCUACAACCCUAAGGAAGUAGACAGCCUAAAGUACUGGUGUCGGUGGAAGAAUACUCCAAACGGCAGCUGCCAGCAGCUGGUAGAGAGUGAGGGGCUGGUUAAUGAACAGUAUGAAGGCAGGCUCGCACUAUACGAAGAGCCAGGCAAUGGCACUUACACGGUCAUACUCAACCAGCUCACCACCAAGGACGCUGGUUUCUACUGGUGUCUGACCAGUAAGGAUGUUCGCUGGAGGUCCACGGUGGAGCUCAAGGUUGUUGAAGGGAAACCAAGCCUCAAGGUACCUGAGAAUGUCACUGCUUUCGUGGGAGAGAGUUUCAAGCUCCCCUGCCACUUCCCGUGCAAAUACUACCCCCAUGAGAAAUACUGGUGCAAGUGGAGUAACAAAGGGUGCAAGACCCUGCCCACCCAAGACGAUGGCCCCAGCCAGGCCUUCGUGAACUGUGACCAGAAUAGCCAGAUCAUUUCCCUGACCCUGAACCCAGUUGCCAAAGAGGAUGAAGGCUGGUACUGGUGUGGGGUGAAGGACGGCCACCGAUAUGGAGAGACCAUGGCUGUCUAAGUGGCAGUCGAGAAUAGAGUAAAGGGGUCCCAAGAUGUCAGCCAAGCGAAUGCUGCUCCUGGUGAACAGGCAGUAGAGUCAAGUGUCAGGAAGGUUGGGAACAAAGUGAUUCAGGAUCCUGGGUUUUCUGUGGAGGACAGAGCAGCGAAGGAUACUGGCGCCUCCGCUGGUGAGAGCGGAGCAUCUGCAGACACGGGCAGCUCUGCGGGACAAGGCGGGAGCUCCAAAGUGCUUGUCUCCACCCUCGUGCCCCUGGGCCUGGUGCUGGCACUGGGGGCCGUGGUAGUGGGGGUGCUCAGAGCACGGCACAGGAAGAAUGUCGACCGGAUUUCAGUUAGAAGCUACAGGACAGACAUUAGCAUGUCGGACUUUGAGAACUCCAGGGAGUUUGGUGCCAAUGACAACAUGGGAGCCUCUCAAGUCACUCAAGAAACAUCUCUCGGAGGAAAAGAUGAGUUCAGCGCCACCACUGGGAACACCGUGGAGACGGAAGAACCCAAGAAGCCAAAAAGGUCCUCCAAGGAGGAAGCUGACAUGGCCUACACUGCCUUCCUGCUCCAGACCAACAACAUGGCUGCUGACGUCCAGGGGGGUCCCAGAGAAGCCUAGGCAUCAGCUGCACUCUCCCACCACCCAUGACAAUCACCUUCAGAAUCAUGUUGAUCCUCGGGGCCCUCAGCUCCAGGGGGCUUCACUGCGUGCAUUCACACCCCACUUUUCUACCUGUGCUCAGAGGGUGUGCUGGUCCCUUCUCAGUGAAUCCAAGCUUGGCCUAACUGAUCCUGGUUGGGUUGAUGCCAUGAGGGGUUCCCUCUGCAGCUUAUUUUCACAAAAGAACCCAAGAGUGGAAGGAUAAUUAAGAUCUUGAAGGCACCACUCAGAAAGAAGAGAGAUCACAUGAGUGGGGAGCUAAUUUCAGAAAGAAGGCUUUUCUGCACCCUUCUAAUGGGAUUCUCAAAGGGAUUCUCCUCUCUGCUCCACCCCUCCUUCUCUCCAUCUCCCCCUCUCUUUCAUCUUUUCUUCUUUCCUUCAUUGAAAAUACAUAUUUGGAUAUUCACUAGAACCAAGGUAGUCUUCUAGACACUGGGACAGAAAGGCCGCAAACCCAGCCAGCAGCCUUGUUAUAAACAUCACGGAGUCCUUGGAAACUGUGGCUCCUCUUGGUACAGUUAUACUCACCAAGACCUGAAAUCCUCAUCAGGUAUACUCACCUCUGCCCAUAGUGGGAGAGAAAUCAUAAGCUGUCUGGAGUCCUGGGGCCUUAGGGGUCAUGUAGUAUGGGUGUAUAUACAAGGAAUCAUAAACACACAUGCUAACCUUUCUCACAUGAGAGGUGAAGAGGUUUGCUCAGGGGAACCAUGUAGCAUAAACUAAUGUCAAAACCAGGUUUGGUACCUCUACCUGUCCUCUUGGCCGGGAAUCUCUCUACAAGGACCCUUGCACUCCUGAUGGAGGCAGAGUUCUAGAAUAAGGAGGAGGAGGAGGAAGAGAAAAACGUAAUGGAGACUAGUCUUUCACAAGCCCCACCUCAGGGAAGAAGACUCUUUCCUUUUCUGUCACUCAAAUGGACCCAACGGGAUAAAAGAGUGGUCAGACACUCCUAAAGCUACUUAUGCGAAGAGUUCUGAACCAAAGGGAAGGAAAAAGGAUGUUUGAUGAUGCUGGGAAGGGGCUGAUCGCCAAACAAAUAAGGUUUAAGGUCUUUUUCCCUCUGAGCUCUGUACUUCAGCCAGCACCUACUAGCUGACACUUGCUUACAAAUCAAAAAUGUGAUUCAAUAAAUAAUUAAAGACCAUGAUUGCCACCAA